AUGAUCGCGAUUCGUGGCAUCUUCCUCGGGACCUCAGCCUUCAUGGUGAUCCGCCCCGCGCCAAUGGCAUCCUCGACGUCCUCCGAACUCUCCUUCACCGAAACCCUCAGCUUGCUCUCACUGUCUCUCGCCUGCGUCGGCAUCAUCGCGAACACGUUCCGCGGCGAUGGCGAACCCCUCAUCGCGUCGCUAGCGUUCAGCGGGAUCGCGUUUGCGGCGUCCUACUCGAUGAUUAGGUGGCUGGGGCCGACGUUCAUGAAGGCCGGGUUGAAGGGGAAGGAUAUGUCCAAGGUGCAUAAGAAGGAGAUUCCAGAGACGAUGGGCGCGGUGUGCGCCGUGGUGUACCUCCUCAUCAUUAUUGUGUUCAUCCCCUUUCCGUUUUACAAGGAUAUUGUGGCGGCGACUUCGGGAGGGGGGAACAAAGAUGUGGUUUUUGAGUUGGAUGUUGUGCAGACGGGGAGGUUUUUGCAUAGAUUUCCACACAGCAAGCUAGCAUCCUACCUCUCAGCAAUCCUCUCCCUCCAAUCCAUCUGCCUCCUCGGCGUAGGAGACGACCUCUUUGACAUCCGCUGGCGGCACAAAUUCUUCAUCCCAGGAAUCGCCUCCAUUCCCCUGCUAAUCGUUUACUUCGUCGACUUCGGCGUCACCAAGAUCGUCAUCCCGAUUCCCCUGCGCCCUUACCUGGGCGGCCUCUUCGACCUCGGACCCCUCUACUACGCCUACAUGUUCGCCAUCGCGAUCUUCUGCCCGAACAGUAUCAACAUCCUCGCCGGCAUAAACGGCAUCGAGGUCUCUCAAUCCCUCGUCAUCGCCUCGCUGCUCGUCCUAAACGAUCUCUCCUACCUGAUCCCCAGCCAGUCGCCCCCGCUCCACCCGGCGACCGACUCCCAUCUCUUCUCCCUCUUCUUCCUCCUCCCCUUCAUCGGCGUCUCGAUCGCCUUGCUCUGCCACAACUGGUACCCGAGCCGGGUCUUCGUAGGCGACACCUACUGCUACUUCGCCGGCAUGGUCUUCGCCGUCGUCGGGAUCCUAGGCCACUUCUCCAAAACCCUGCUCCUCCUGUUCAUCCCGCAGAUCUUCAACUUCCUCUACUCGGCACCGCAGCUCUUCCGGCUGAUCCCCUGCCCGCGCCACCGCCUCCCGCGAUUCAACGCCCGCACCGGCCUCAUGGAAGCGUCCGUGACCGAGUGGGCCCUCCCGCCCACCAGUAUCCAGAACGCGUUCCUCACGAUCCUGCACCGGCUGCGCCUGCUGCGGGUGACGUGGAACGCCGAGGGCGUCGUGACGGAGAGCACCAACUUCACCAUCCUGAACCUGUGGCUGGUGUGGUGGGGUCCUCGGCGCGAGGACCGGCUCGCGGCCGAGAUACUGCUCGUCCAGUCGGCCGUGGGCUUGCUCGGCUUGUUCGUGAGGCAUAACUUUGCGCUGCUGGUUUUCGAGAGCGAUAACCUGGUGAGGUGA